GCUUACUGUUGAACCUAGCAUAUGUGGGGGGUUGUUGCUCUGUACUUGACCUGAUUUUGUGUAUUUAGGUAGGAUUGGUGAAGGGUAUGGUGCUAGCCUUCUCUAUCUCUAAUUAACAAAUUCAGGGGGUCAGACCAUGAUUUAUCACUGAUUAUGAUUUUUUGGCAUAGUAAUAAUUUAUUAAUGCCUCAUUACAUGACUGUAGAAACCAGAUGCUUGGCCUGGCUUUCACAUGUAUUGGGAUAAGAGGGAUGCCGUACUUACCUAUCUGUUCCUACAGAGUCCCUAACUAACCAUUUUUCCAUUGUUUUCUUGAGAGAUUAACUAACUUCCUUUUCUUGUGUAGAUGCUUUAGAAGUAUAAAUAUUUUUCUUUAUGGCCAUCAGACCCUAACAUUACCUGACUAUGUACCUUUGCGGGGUUUAGUCGAGGGUAUUGUGUCAUAAGAAAAUUACACAAGUGUGUGGGUCUACAGAUGCACUCAAGAUGGCUCCAGGUGAAAUAUGUCUACGUGUGCACACUUGGGUAUGCAUUGUGUUGUAUCGGUCGCUCGAGUGGCAUAAAGCAUGGUGGUUUUUUGUUUUUUAGUGAAAGAUGUGUUGUAAUUGUUCCCGAGGAAUUGAACAAUUUUUCCAUCUUAAACAAUGGGUCUGGAUGUGAGUUUUAGCUUUUAGCAACUUACCUGGAGCAUGUAAAAUUGCAAUCGUGGACGAAGGUGUGAUUCUUUUGGAGCAACUUUAUCAAACUUGAAGCAGCACUUACUAAUAUAAUACUCUUGCCAACUGUUGCAACUGUUUGCAUAUUUCUUGCUUCAAAGAUUGAAGACACACCUUGCUCAUUAAAAAGUGUCAUCAUUGUGGCAUAUGAAACAAUGUAUCGGAAAAACACUGAUGCUGCUAAGAGAAUCCACCAGGAGGAAGUUCUUGCUAAGCAGAAAUCCCUAAUUUUGGUCGGGGAGACACUAUUGCUUUCAACCAUUAGGUUUGAUUUCAAUAUACGUCAUCCUUACGAACCACUAAAGCUUGCUCUGAAGAAUCUGGGGAUCUCCCAGAAGGAAGUGAGGCAAGAUGCCAUGAGUAUCGUUAAUGAUACGCUUCCGACUACAUUAGUUGUGCAGUUCAAACCACACUUCAUUGCUGCUGGAUCGCUCUUCCUUGCUGCUAAAUUUCAUAACUUUAUACUUCCUUCCCAAAAUGGUAGAGUAUGGUGGAAUGAGUUUGAUGUUGCACCAAAGCAGUUGCAAGAUGUUAUACAGCAAAUGACUGAGUUAUUUAAGAAAAGGGACCCACGCUCAAUGGGUGCUGUUAUCAAGCCAGUGCCAACUUCUACUCCGACAGAUAAACAUCAGGUCAGGCCGACUCCAAAUUUAACUACGACUCGAACAAAUAAACAACAGAUCAACCUGGCUGUGACUCCGACGAAUAAACAGCAGAUCAAGCAGACUCCAACUCCGACUCUGACAGAUAAACAUCAGAUCAAGCCAUCUCCAGUUCCAACUCCAAUAGAUAAACAACACAUCAAGCUGACUCCAAUUCCAACUCCAAUGUAUAAACAGAAGAUCAAGACGAUUCCAGCUCCAACUCCAACUCCAACAGAUAAACAGCAGAUAAUAAGCACUCUAGAUCCUCCUGUGAGGCAUACACAAUGUUCAAGGAGAAGUUCUAGCAAUAGCAAUACAGAAGCUUAUGGACACAUGCUUUUGGGCAGUUCAUUUGAUGACAAGUCCACUGGCAGGUCAACAAGGUAUGAAGAGAAUCAGUGUCGGCGAAGGUAUCAGCGAAAAUACAUAAAUCAUAACUUGGAUCAGAGGUUAGGGGAACAGUCUUACCAGGGCAUUCUGAAGACUGCUUGUGUUAAUGAAGCAGGAAUCAAGUCAUUUGAGUAUACCAGCAGGCCAGCAAGGCGAACAUAUGAAGAGAUUUCAUAUCAGCGAACACACAUAAAUCAUAACUUUGAUGCUGUUGAUACGGAUCAGAAGUUAGAUGAACGAUCUUGCUGGGGGACUCUGAAGGCUGACUGUGUUAAUGAAGCAGGAAUCAGGGACUUGAAGAAAAGAAGAGUUCAAGAGGGCACAGGGCUGCAAACUAUUCAUACAUAUGAUUCAAAUGCAUGGAGGUUUGAGAGGCAAGAUAGCUAUUUGAAACAAAUUCAUCUUGGGAGAAACAGAAGGUAGUGAGAAGAUAUAUUAUAUAAUUUCCUUUUAUUCGAUAAUAAAAGACUGGGUUGUCUGCUAGACUGCUAAGUGAGACAAAGGUGUCUUCAAACAUAAGAUGUGGACGGUCUGUAAAUUAAGUUACUCGUGCACAUCAAAUGCACCCAGCUUGCACUGAAAUGCCAACAAAUAUUUUUGACGCUGUCUAAGGCUUCUUGUUGGUGCGAAUGUACAUAGAUGAAAAUAGCAGAUUCUGGACUCUAAUGUCAUUCUUUUUUUUUUUGUGUGUAACCGAGCUGUAUGGCUAAAACAAAUUUUGUAGACCGAUGCUUCGACCUGUAUAUAAAUUUUUGUAGCAAUGUUCUUAUGUAUGUAUGUUAGAUUGCAGUCACCUCGUAGUUUGAGGUCGGUGUCCCAAUACUGCAUACUUUGUGAGAUCA